AGAUAAGAGGUAGACCCCAAGUUUAUUUUGUUAUCAAGUUAUAUCAGUAAAUUUUGACAUUCAUAUAGAUAAUGUUAUGAAAAGAAUACAAAGUUUGUUUCUCUCCCUCUCUCUUGAAAGGUUCUUGUUUUGACUAUUCAAUGAAUCAACAUCCAUCCAUCAAUGUACUCUUGUCUCUUGUUCACAUCACAAUAAUAGAGUAGCACUAUGCUCAUUUAUCACACGAUCUAUGUAUCCAACUCGAACCAAAUACCAGUGGACACGUGCUAUCUGCUAAACGUGAUAGUUCUAAGAUUUUAUCAUCAGCGUCCAAUUUACAGCCACAUAUUCUGCUCCAGUGGACACGUGCUAUCUGCUAAACGUGAUAUUUCUAAGAUUUUAUCAUCAGUGUCCAAUUUACAGCCACAUAUUCUGCUUCAAGGAUUACUAUAUUUAUGAUGACGUUAUUAUCUGAGAGGUGACAAAGAAAAUGGAACUUCCAGUAUCAGAGAAAAUGGAAUUUGCCUUUCCAAUAUCAGAGAAAAUGGAAGUUCCAAUAUCAGACAGAGUAAAGAAUGCUUGGUAUGAGUGGAAUAUCCAAGUAUUUCUCCUGUUGAGCCUCUUCCUCCAAGCAAUUUCCCUUUUCUUAGCACCAAUUAGAAAAAGAUCAAGAAAUAAGUGGCUGAUGUUGCUUAUUUGGCUCUCCUACCUGGCUGCUGAGUGGGCUCCCGGCUUUGUGAUUGGUCUUAUUACCAACACUGUCACUGCUGCUACUAAUUCUAGUGAUGUAAAAUAUCACAAUAAUAUUCUCAUAUUUUGGACUCCUUUCCUUUUUUUACACGUUGGUGGUGUUGAUACUAUUACCGCUUUUUCACUUGAAGAUAAUGAGUUGUGGAUUAGGUAUGUUUUUGCCUUCAUUUUCCAGAUCAUUGCCUCUGCUUAUCUCUUUUACUUGUCACUUUCCAAAAAUAAUCUCUGGCCUCCCACACUUCUCAUUUUUCUUGCUGGAACCAUCAAAUGCAUCGAGCGCGCACGCUCGCAAUAUCUAGCUACCAGCAUCAAGGACGAUGUAAAUCAGUCUAGUUUUACUGACAAGCCCCCUCUUUGUGAUGGUCCUGUUGAUGCUACCAAAUUAAAGAACUUGGAUGUUGUUCAAUAUGCAUAUCAUUUGUUUGAGAUGUAUAAAGGUCUUAUUGUGGAUCAUAAAUUUACACCAGACGCAUUUGAGGCAAGUCGGAAGUUAGUCCGUGACAAUAUAAAAAAAGGGAAUGACGCGUUUAGAGUAGUGGAGGCUGAGAUGUACAUCAUGUACGAGGUCUUUCAUACGAAGGCCUCAUUUUUAGUCUAUUCUAAAAAGAAGUACGUAGCCAUCUCCCGUUCAGCCUAUUGGGUGUCCUUAGUAGCAACAUUGGGUUUUUUUGCGUUCGUGGAUAAAGGAGGAUUUCGCUCUGUGGAUAUUGCUGUGACCUAUGCUUUGCUCUUUGGUACUAUUAUUCUGGAUGCAGUGGCGCUGCUGAUUAUGAUUUUUUCGUCCUACUUGGUCGUUGCAUCCAUGUUGCACUCUCCAACUUUAGGCGUUCUGGUAAGUCGUCCCUCAGAACUAGUGAUGCAAAUUUGGAGUCGAUGCUUCCCACAAACUCUGUCUCAGUACAACCUUAUAAGCCAUUGUCUGCAACAACGUUCAAGGGUAUGUCAAAAGGUGUUGAAUUUCGUUGGGCUUGCUAGCUUCUUCGACGAGCUAACAUAUGUAUCCCAGGUACCAAUCCCGCAAGCUACAAGGCUGAAGCACAAAAUAUUUAAAAGGGCCACACCAUAUUCUAGUUUGCCGCAGAGUCAACCAGACCCCCACUUCUAUCCUACAGACCACUGGGCUCAUCAUUUCCGAUACCCAACAAAAAGUAUGCAUAAACUCUUCCAUCCAACAAGUGAUGAAGAAUUUCUCAUAAUCUUCCACAUUGCCACGGAGCUCUGCUUCCAUUUUGACGAAGAUAGUAGCAAAGAGACCUCCAAUUCCAUCACGCAUGACACUGUGAAAGAUUUUCCCAUUUGGUGUAAGCGUCUGUCAGACUAUGUGUUAUACCUUGUUGUAUUCAAACCAUCCUGCCAGCAGACUGCAUUAGAAUAUCAGAGCACUAUUGAAAAGACAUUGGCUGAAGCUGCGGAGUUGUUUGCUCGAGGGAACAAGAAGACGUUAACAGACCAAAAGAAAGCCUGUGAAGAGAUUCUUGGCCUAGCCAAGAACAACAUUAUUAGUGAUCAUAUGACAGAAGACAACGAACUACUUCUCGAUGAAUCUGAGAAAGGCAAUAGAUCCAAAGGAUCAAUAUUGUAUCGGGCAAGCCUAUUGGCGAAUCUGUUGAUAAGCAGCCAGGAUGGAAAUACAAGAUGGGACAGACUUUUUAAUGUGUGGAUGGAGAGGCUACUGGAGAUAGCAAAAUGGAGCAGCCCAAAUUUCCAUGCUCAAAAUCUGGGCCAAGGGGGGGAAUUCCUGAGUUUAGUGUGGUUAUUAAUGGCUCAUUUAGGAAGUGGAACGCAAUAUCAAGUUAAGGAGGGAUCUAGCUUGUUGGAACCAUCCUGGCUCCAGCCUUUUCCAUUCCUCCCCCAGUACGACACUGAAUAGUACACACUUGGGCAAUGCCUAAUGCUACUUGCUCCUAGCGUAGAGAAUAGAAGCCUAAUGUAUAAUUACAGUAGAUAUAAGUACUGUACUACCCUUUCUCUGUCGAAUAAAUAAGGGUGACAUAUCGAUGUAUUGUCACUGUAAA